UCCUCCCGCCUCAUGCUUUUGUAGUAAUCCUAGAUCAUUCAUAUAAUCAUAUCACGUAGUAUUUCCCAUUUCUAUAUUCUUCCGUCUGCUUCUCUAUUCACUAUAUUAAUUCAUAGUAUUUACCUCAUCUUGCAAGCCGCUACUUUCUCUUACAUUCUAAGUGGUGGAGAUGUCGAAAGGUGGUGCAUUGGAUCUAGCUUCUGGGUUGGGUGGGAAGAUUCAGAAAGAUGAUGUUCUGGAGGCUGUUGACAAGUAUGAGAAGUAUCAUGUUGCUUUCGGAGGUGAAGAAGAAGCGAGAAAAGAAAACUACACUGACAUGGUCAAUAAGUAUUACGAUCUUGUCACGAGCUUCUAUGAAUAUGGCUGGGGAGAAUCAUUUCAUUUUGCCCCUAGAUGGAAAACGGAAUCUCUUCGAGAAAGCAUUAAGCGGCAUGAACAUUUCCUUGCUUUACAGCUGGGCGUUAAACCUGGGCAAAAGGUUCUGGAUGUAGGCUGCGGAAUUGGUGGACCACUAAGAGAAAUAGCUCGGUUCAGCUCCACUUCAGUUACAGGGCUGAACAACAAUGAAUAUCAGAUAACAAGGGGAAAGAAAUUAAACCGCAUGGCAGAAGUAGACCAGACCUGUGAUUUUGUUAAGGGAGAUUUUAUGAAAAUGCCAUUUCCAGAUAACAAUUUUGAUGCAGUCUAUGCAAUUGAGGCUACCUGUCAUGCCCCUGAUGCGCUUGGAUGCUACAAAGAAAUUUAUAGAGUAUUGAAGCCUGGUCAAUGUUUCGCUGCAUAUGAGUGGUGCAUGACUGAUUCCUUUGAUCCCAAUAACAAAGAACACCAAAGAAUCAAGGCUGAAAUUGAGCUUGGUGAUGGCCUUCCUGACAUCAGGCUGACUACACAAUGCAUUGAAGCUUUGAAACAAGCAGGUUUCGAAGUCAUAUGGGAAAAAGAUCUUGCAAUUGGCUCGCCCUUACCUUGGUACUUGCCACUGGAUACAACCCAUUUUUCCUUGAGUAGUUUCCGGUUGACAGCACUUGGACGUUUUAUAACAAAGAACAUGGUUGUGGCCCUUGAAUAUGUGGGACUUGCCCCAAAAGGAAGCCAAAGAGUUCAAGCUUUCUUGGAGAAAGCUGCGGAGGGGCUUGUUGCUGGCGGAAAGAAAGAGAUAUUCACGCCAUUAUAUUUCUUCUUGGCUCGGAAGCCUCUCUCUGAUGGCCAGUAACGUGUAAAAUAAGUUUAUUAACUGUUUAACUUCAAAUCCUUAUCUUUUGUGAUGAUUCAGGGGAUAAACUAAUUAUGAAACUGGUGGACCUGUGGUAGAUGAUUUUAAGUUGCGAGUUCUGGUUCUUUUCUCUUUAAUGAGAAAACCUGUAAUUUUCUAGUACACUUGAAAUUUAUUUUAGGUAAUGUUAGUGUUUUCAGUUUCAA